GGGCCAGCCAGGCAGGGAAAGUGCUUUUCUGGCGCUGCAGAGCCACCCUCCUCUCUUGCCCCCAGUAACUGGGACCCUUGGAAGGGAAGGGUGGAGAGAAAGAAGGUUCGGGAAGAUCUCGGGGCUGGCUAGUUUCGGAGACGCCGAUAACCACCCCCUAACCCCCACCCCAGGCUGGUCCCGGGAGGGGCGGUCUCUCUCCGCCCCCCGGCGGCGUGGCCGGCUCCCUCCUCCCGCGGGCAGGAGCCCCGGCCAAGUGGGCGCGCCAGCCGGGGCCGGGAUCUGGUGUCGGCUGCAGCUGGCAGUGCGGCGGGCGCGGAGCUGGCGGCCGGCGGGGCCUCCUAUUAAUAACGCGGCCACCCAGCACGGGGUCGGACAGCCAUGGCCAGCCCGGAGCCCCGGCGCGGCGGGAACGGCACCGCCCAGGCCGCGAGGAAAACAAGAGCAGAGGCCAGUUCUCCUCUUCAAGAGGAGGAGCACUCUGAAUCCCUGGAUGAGGCGAGGACCUUGAAUCCAGAAGUUCCUCUGUCUUUGGAGGGAAACUGGAAUUUAGAGGACAUUCUCUUCCUGGGGGACACAGGUGGUUUUGAUGACACAGUUUAUAUGGAAGAGACUGAGAAGCCUGAGGAGAUGCUGUACAUUGAGGAGACGGGGCAGCCAGAUGAGGUUCUGUAUGUAGAGGAGACUGUGAAGCCAGAGGAGAGGCUGUAUGCGGAGGAGACUGUGAAACCAGAGGAGACACUGUAUGCGGAGGAGACUGUGAAACCAGAGGAGACACUGUAUGCGGAGGAGACUGUGAAGCCAGAGGAGACCACAAGCCCAGAGCAGAUGGUUUAUGGGGAAGAGAUGGUCACGAGUGAGGAGAAACCUAACCCUGAGGAGAGCCUCAGAGCGGCUCCUAGUCCCAGCACAGAAGAGAGCCUGAGCAUAGAGGACCUGGAAUUGCUUGAGGGGCGUUUCCAGCAAUGUGUCCAAGCUGUGGCCCAGCUGGAAGAGGAGAGGGAUCAGCUCAUCCAUGAGCUUGUGUUGCUCCGGGAACCAGCCCUACAGGAGGUGCAACAAGUCCAUCAGGACAUCCUGGCUGCCUACAAACUGCAUGCCCAAGCAGAGCUGGAGAGGGAUGGAUUAAGGGAGGAGAUCCGGCUGGUCAAGCAGAAGCUGUUCAAGGUGACGAAGGAAUGUGUGGCCUACCAAUAUCAGCUGGAGUGCCGCCAGCAGGAUGUGGCCCAAUUUGCCGAUUUCAGGGAAGUGCUGACUGCACGGGCAGCCCAGCUCUCAGAGGAAGUGGCUCAGCUCCGGGAUGCCUAUCAGAAGCAGAAGGAGCAGUUACGGCAACAACUAGAAGCACCUCCAAGCCCGAGGGAUGGACACUUUCUGCAGGAGAGCCGGCGGCUCUCUGCCCAGUUUGAGAACCUCAUGGCAGAGAGCCGCCAGGGCCUGGAGGAGGAGUAUGAGCCCCAGCUGCUGCGGCUCCUGGAGAGGAAAGAAACUGCCGCCAAAGCUCUACAGAAAACCCAGGCCAAGAUCCAGGAGAUGAAGGAGGCUCUGAGACCCCUGCAAGCAGAGGCCCGGCAGCUCCACCUGCAAAACAGGAACCUGGAGGACCAGAUCACCCUUGUAAAGCAAAAGCGAGAUGAGGAAGUGCAGCAGUACAGGGAACAGCUGGAGGAAAUGGAAGAACGACAGAGGCAGUUAAGAAGUGGGGUGCAACUCCAGCAACUGAAGAACAAAGAGAUGGAGCAGCUAAGGAUCAGCCUUGCUGAAGAGCUCUCAACUUAUAAGGCUAUGCAACUCAAAAACCCGGAACAAGCUAAUGCUCCCACUUCUCAGGCAGGUGGAAUCGAGACACAGUCCCAAGGUGAUCCUUGUGGGUGCAAGAGUGGUGUUUGCAUCGCUGCUUUCUUAACAAUACUAAUUCCUUAAAAGAAUUUAAGUGUGUGUCUAAUGACAAGUCGUUUAGGGAUAACACAUACCUCCAAAAUGCCUGGUUCAAAUAUUCAGGGUUCAUUUGGAAUGUUUCAGUUUCUGGUAGGAAUCAAAACAUGCCCUAAUUACACCCAGGAAUUCUGUAACAGAAUAAAGCAUCUAGGCUUUGUGCAUUCUUACCCUCCUCCCCCUACUUUACCCUAUCUGCUAAUCAGUUUCCUUAGAAUAGCAGAGAUGGCAGUUAUGCUACCUAAUUGAGACUAUGACCUAAAGAGGCAAAGAAGGCUAAAUUAAUCUGUAACAGUAAUAAUAAUAAAAAGCUGGUGGGUGUUAUUUAUAGGCUGAGGGACAGGAUUACUGCUUAAUAUGUGAAACAAGCAACACACCUAUCCAUUAAUUUCUUUAUAUACCAGUAUGUUUUGUAUUCUUCAAGUUCUAGAUUCUCUUGGAUAAACUAAAACUAGAGUUCUCUGUCAAGUUGUAUACUAGCCAGAUGCCCAUAAAUUUUAUUCUGAAUUUCCUAAUCUUACACGUUGUACACAAAUUCACAAAUAACUAUUAUAACUGACGCUUUUUCUAACUCACUAGAACUUGACUGUGUUUUAUCCAGGCAUAACUGAUUACGCUGAUUGGGAGAUUACUAGAACCUUGUAAUUGAGGAAAAUGAUCUGCUAAACACCUCUGCAUGGAUCAGAUUAAAAGUACAAUAGGUAAAGGCAAUGAUUAAAAGAAACCCAACUACAGAAUUUCAGGCACUGUAGUACCUGUGUAAACUUAACCUGGAUGGAGAAAAUUUUAGCUAGCCCCUCCCAUCACCAUCACAUCACUUACCACUGAUUUGCAAAUAGGAGGCACCCAAAUACUUGCUAGGGGAAAGUCAUCCCUGAUCAUGCGGAAUUCAGUCUAGCAAUCCCUCCCUGACACAGCCUGCACUGUACUUUGGAAGUUCACUGUUAUAAACAUUAUGCUGUAUUAUUCCAAGUUGAAGAAAGUAUAAACUUACUCUUUUUUCUCUCAACCUUACAGGGGCUGUUUAGAAACAUAUGGCCGAAUCUGUAACCCAGAAACAACCAAAAAAACUUCUUAGCCAAGGAUCAUCAAGUACCCUUUGGACAUACUUUUUUUCCAGAGAAGGGAGUGCCAGGGACUUGGCAAGCAAUUCACCCUGGGAAAGUUACAAAUACUGGCUGACCUGUUUAAAAAGAUUUUAGGGCUGGCUGGAGGCAGAACACCAUCAGUCAGCUCUUAGUGGGGUUGUAUUUCAUAGGCUGCCAGUCCUGAUUUCAAUGCACGAAGGAACAGAAAAUGAGCCUCCUGUCCUCCAGAGGCAACCUCACAGGCAGAGUAAAGGAUGAAUGUAUGGACACACCUUGAAGUGAUGUGAAGAAUGUAUCUUGCCUUGUGUUGACCGAAACCAAAAACAUUUUUGUUGGAGUACAGGUGGGGUCAAAAAGGCAGCCAAUUUUUCAUUUAUAUGGGUGUACAAUUUGAAUUAUUUUGUGCAAUGAGUAUUGGACUUUAAGUGAAUCCUCUUACAAAGUUUACUUUUCUUUAAAUCUGUGCUUUUAUUAGGUUGGUGCAAAAUUGUGGUUUUUGCAAUUUUAACCUUUUAAACUGCAAUUACUUUUGCAGCAAAUUAUCAAGAUAAUUUUCAUUAUACUCUAAAAGGAACCCAUCCAUAUUUCAACCUAAAGGUUAAGGAUAUUGCUUUCCCUAAAGAUCAUACCUUAUGAAAAUGACUUUGGGUCAGUGUGAUCCACUCAGUUAAACUGAGUGAUUGGCAAAGAACCAGGCAUUUUUUCUGGUUAUGGCACUUGGUGAUGAUACAGGCUUUCAAGAGCCUAUUAUUUCUAACUUCUAAGUAUAGGCCCCAGCAAAAAAUAUUCUGGAGAGAUUCAACCUCUUUGAGAAAAGGUUCAAAUACCUUUUCCAAAUUUAAAUUUUGCCUUAAAAAUCUCUCUGCCACACUGCCUUUGACAUUCUUGCAAGUCCAUGUAGUUCUCUAGGGACAGACUUAAAAAAGAUGCUAUUUUAUCAAAGACUAAUCUGAGCACCUCUGAUUACGUGUGUUACGUCUUUUAUUUUCCCUGGGAAAGAGUAAAGCUCUUUUCUAUAGCUCUGGGUGUAUUAUAUUUAAUUCUGCUCUUGAUAGUCAGAGACUACAGAAAAUAACUGUUAUCCGAAGAAUUCUUGUAUAAGCCAGACUGGUUGUUGAUCAAUAUUAUAUACUAAAUAAAACCCAUCAGCAUGGGGUUAUGUAGAAAAGCAAUUUAUUCCAUUAUAAGCACUUACACAGUUAGUCAUGGAGAGUAAUAGGCCUGGUGAAACAGGUCACCCAAAAUAGAGAUGGUAUCAAACUAGUGGUCAAGGACUAACUCCUAAAAAAAAAAAGGCAACUCUUAUCCAGGAUUAAUUUAAUUUUAAAAACAAAUACAAGCUAUCAAUUCACUCUGCUCAACUUAACUGGACAGUCUACCUGUGGUAUAACUGUCAGGUAAAAACAUACAUCUUUACAACUUGGUGGUCCCCAAGUUCUUUUAAAAAACCAUUUCACAGAAAGGAAAGAAAUAAUAUGAAAACAGCUCAAGAAAUACACUAACAAGCAAAAAUAUAUGGGAAAGAGGAACACUUAGUUUUGACUUAAGAAACUGAGAGGAGACUGGUCUACAUAGGAAAAUGUGCAUCCUGUAAAGUCAGGUGUGAAGAUUUUACAAUAGGAAUUUAUGACUUGAAUCUCCCCUAUUUCCUGAAUGACAUUUGCAGUACUUAUACAUCAUGGCUCAGACACCUACCUCAGUUGGCUCUAUUCCUUCCUUCCUUCUAGUCUUUACUUCAAGAGUUUGAAAAACUUAGGGAUAUAGCAUAAGAAGAAAAAUAAAAUAAC